AAUAUACUAAUCAAUUAAAUUUCGAUAUGAAAUUUAUAUUAGCUAUUACUAUAACAGCUUGUAUACUAUCAGUUGUUAUAUCAGAUCCUGAUUGUCCGGUCAACAAUCUAUGGGAAGCGCCGCCAGAUUAUGCCGGUCUUAAAACUAAAUUCCAGUCCAAAUCGGAUGUCCACUUGAUUCAGAGUAUUAAUCAGGAAAUUGCCAAACAAUGUAAGCUAACCAAUGAUAAGAGUCGGGCCUACAAACAGGAGAGACUGGUGUUUAUGUCCAAGCGUUUGGCCAAAUCAUGCGACUAUGAGCGCCAGUUUAACGCCAGGGUAUUGGCCGGAAUAAAAGUCAAUGUAACGGAUGAAAGUAAACGACAUGAGCUGAUCAAAGCUCAGGCCAAAUGGCAUUACUAUUGGUCCGAAUAUUUGGGUAAAACAUUGUCAAGACAACAAGAUUGUUCGAUGGAACAGUUGGGUUACAGUGACGAUCCUGAUGAUUUACAGAAUCAAUUAGAGGAUAAACGUUACAAAGUUUUGGAUACUUUAGAAAAAUGGAUAAAAAUGGACAAACAAAACGAUGAUUGGAAAUUUUGGUUGAAUUUUAAUGAAAAGUCUCUGGAUGAUCAAGUGACAGAUAAUAAAAACACUGACGAAAUUGUGUUGUAUUUAAGACCCGAACCGAUUAAAGUGAAAACAUUGCAGAAUCUUGUCUACGAAGCAGACAUUUAUAGCCGCGGUAUUGAAAAUAUUAAAUUCUGAUUUGUUAUAUUAUUAUUUUAUUUUUUUUAUUAUUUAAUCAAG